AAACAAAUCAUUCCGCGAUUCCCUCUCCACCUUUCCACUUUUGGCUCUCACUGCGUGAACAAGAAAACACAAGGCGGAGCGCCGAAGCCUACUCCAUCUCCAUCAUCAUAUUCAUAAUUCCAUCCCCCCGAAAAUUUCAUAAUUUGAAGACCCAUUAUCAUAGAACCAAGGUUUUCACUCUUCUGAACAUGAUGUUUGAUCAGCAAAAAUACCCCAAUUCCGCCCAAAUGGUGGCCCCAAAGCUCCUUUUUGCAUCCACCAGGGGUCAAAAUGCUCAAGCUACUCAAGAUGGUUUGCAACUCUCCUUGUAUCAAAGAAGGUUUACAUAUGGAAAUUAUACGAAUGCUGCAUUUCAGUAUCCACUGCAAGCAACACGGAAUCUCACUAUGGUUUCAUCACUGGCAUAUCCCGUUUCUGCUCAAGCCCCUUCGGAGAAGGGGUUCACGAAUUUUAUGAUUGACUUUCUCAUGGGAGGGGUUUCUGCAGCUGUCUCCAAAACAGCUGCUGCUCCAAUUGAGCGAGUUAAGUUGUUAAUUCAAAAUCAGGAUGAAAUGCUCAAGGCAGGUCGUCUCUCUGAACCAUACAAGGGAAUUGGUGACUGCUUUAAACGAACGAUCCAGGAUGAAGGCAUGGUCUCUUUGUGGAGAGGCAACACGGCUAAUGUCAUUCGUUACUUCCCUACGCAGGCAUUGAAUUUUGCCUUUAAGGAUUACUUCAAGAGGUUGUUUAACUUUAAGAAAGACAGGGAUGGCUACUGGAAAUGGUUUGGUGGAAAUUUGGCAUCAGGUGGUGCAGCUGGUGCUUCUUCCCUUUUUUUCGUUUACUCCCUGGAUUAUGCCAGAACUCGGCUUGCAAAUGAUGCCAAGGCUGCAAAGAAAGGAGGAGGAGGGAGGCAGUUCAAUGGCUUGGUUGAUGUUUACCGUAAGACAUUGGCUUCUGAUGGCAUUGCUGGACUCUACCGUGGUUUCAACAUUUCAUGUGUGGGAAUCAUUGUUUACCGUGGUCUCUACUUUGGAAUGUAUGAUUCCUUGAAGCCAGUGGUCCUUACUGGCGGUUUGCAGGAUAGUUUCUUUGCUAGCUUCGCCCUGGGUUGGCUAAUCACCAAUGGUGCUGGCCUUGCAUCAUAUCCGAUCGACACCGUCAGAAGAAGAAUGAUGAUGACAUCUGGUGAGGCAGUGAAGUACAAAAGCUCAAUGGACGCAUUUGGUCAAAUCUUGAAGAAUGAGGGGGCAAAGUCUCUCUUCAAGGGAGCUGGUGCCAACAUCCUACGAGCUGUUGCUGGAGCCGGUGUUCUUGCUGGAUACGACAAGCUACAGAUGAUUGUAUUUGGAAAGAAGUACGGAUCUGGCGGUGCCUAAAUAAUGAAAUUUCCCUGCCAGGCGUUGGAGUUUAGGAUGAGUACAUUUAGGCGAUCAAAUUUAAAUGAUUCGACUCUAAAAGGGAAGGUCUACUGCUGCCGUUGUAGCAGAUCCUGGUUUUGUUGGAGUUUUAAAUUCUCAAUUUGGGGCUUGUCUUGAAUGCACAAUGCCCGUUUUGCCUUUCAUUAUGACAUUUUUUUUCCGGCUUGAUACGUUUUUUUUUUCAACAUGGAAGCUGCCUUAUUGCUUCCCAUUGCUUCUACUUUAUACAGUUUCUGGAAAAUGCAAUUUAGAAAAGCAUCUGGAUUCGAAUAAACUAUGUAGCCUUGUCGAUUUUGUACUCUUGUUUUCAAUACUGCGAUGG